AUGAACGACCUCCUUAGUAACACUAAUCUACCUUUAGGGUGCACCAUACGAGCCUACGCUGAUGAUGUCUUUCUGAUCGCAUCAGCAAACGACUUACAAGCAUUAGAACUCGCCCUCAACGCAGCAGUUGAAAACAUUCAAGAAGCAGAAAAAUUAUACGAACAUUUAGCAGAAAGAUUAAUAAACGUCAUAAAGAAUUAUUUAGAAAUAGAAGUCAGCAAAAACUAUCUGGAACUUAUAAGAAGGUUGGGUAAACGAGCGGAUGACAAAUCUAGGCCAAUCGUAGCUACAUUUGCAACCCUAGAUCCUCCAUGCCCUACCCAAGAAUUUGAACUAACACCUAUUAUAAUUUCGUCAAGAGAAGAAAAGUGUAAAGGGGUACAAAACAUAUUGCUAGGUAGCUGUCGCAGCCCGAAUCUUCCAAAUAUAGAUAUAGAUUCUUACACAUCCCCUGAAAUAAUACCAAAAAAUCUUUGCUAUCACUGUAAUGAUAUGAGCCUCAGUGAUAGCUUGAAAGAAGAAGAGCCGCUGGGUUCAUCGACUGCUUCAAAGGAAGCUAUCGAGAAAAAUAUAUCCAGCAACUCUUUAACGCCGACUGUGCUGCUAGAGACAAAUUUUGACUUCAUGGAAAAUGAUAAAGUGAAAGAUCUACAAUUAAGUGCGUUAAACCCAGAAUUAAGACAUGCCCCUGUUUUUAAAAUACUUGAUUGUGAUCCCCGCUCACCUUCAGUUGGUCUUGAUAGGACACCUAUUGUUGUACAUAAGAAAGACGAGCUUUCCACUGAAGACAAAGCAGAACAAGUUCCUAUUAAACAUUUACAAAAUGAUAAUUCAGACGUAAAGACGACAAAUGGUGACAGUAAAAGUUCUGAUGGAAUUCUCAUUUAUGAAGAUGAUUCCAAUUACUUAAAUGUUACACCAAAAAGUCAAAAUCUGCAAGCUGAUCUAGACCAAACAGACCAAAUGUAUUCCUAUUGGCACUUGGCACUCGUCUCUUUGAAAAAUGCUGCAAUCAAGGGUGACUGUGAAAAUACAUCGCCAAAUUCCCAUCGUCAUAAUUGGGACAAGGAGGGUAGCAUCGUCCUGAAAUAA